AUGGCCGGAGAGGACCUCCAGCCUUCGCUGGAAACAAUUCGAGACGUACUGAGCAAGACGAUUGGCAAUCCAAAUGGCCCGAAUCUAGUACCAGUAUACGCUCAAAUAGCUUCCGACCUCAUCACCCCGUCUCAAGCAUACCUCAAGAUCUCGAACCAUUCCAAGUCGGAAUACUCUUUCCUAUUCGAGAGUGCAGCAACAGAAAGGGUUGGCAGAUACAGUUUCAUUGGCGCUGGACCCCGCAAGGUUCUCAAGACCGGCGAAGGCCAUGGCCCAUGUAUAGACCCAUUACCUGCGCUUGAGGCAGAGCUCGCGAAGAAUCGGAUUGCACACGUUCCUGGGUUGGCUCUUCCGCCCUUGACCGGAGGUGCGAUUGGAUAUGUUGGCUACGACUGUGUCCGAUAUUUUGAGCCCAAGACGGCAAGGCCAAUGAAGGAUGUUUUAAAGGUCCCCGAAUCACUAUUCAUGCUCUUCGACACAAUUGUAGCUUUUGAUGCAGUGUUUGGUAUGAUCAAGGUUGUAACCUACGUUCCCGUUCCCGACGACUUGAAGGACCUUGAAGCAGCCUAUGAAAAAGCUAAAGAGAUGAUCAAUGAGGUUGUCGAUGUCCUGCAGUCAGAAGAUACACCCCUGCCUCCGCAAGCACCUAUUGUACUUGACCAGCAAAGUACCUCCAACAUCGGCCAAGAAGGUUACGAGAACCACGUCACUACACUGAAGAAGCACAUUAUCGCCGGAGAUAUUAUCCAAGCCGUUCCAUCCCAAAGAUUUGCUCGACCAACUUCUUUGCAUCCAUUCAAUAUAUACCGAAAACUCCGCACUGUCAAUCCAUCACCAUAUCUAAAUUAUAUCAAUUGCGCAGACUUUCAAAUAAUUGGCGCCUCCCCUGAACUUCUUGUGAAGAAAGAAAAGGGUCGUAUUAUCACUCAUCCGAUAGCUGGGACUGUAAAGAGAGGAAAGACCGAAGAGGAAGACGCAAAGCUUGCACAAGAAUUGUCUGACUCAUUGAAAGACAGAGCGGAACACGUCAUGCUUGUCGACCUAGCAAGAAACGACAUCAACCGUGUUUGUGAUCCUACAACUGUCAAAGUCGAUCGUUUGAUGGUUGUUGAGAAAUUCAGUCAUGUGCAACAUCUCGUAUCGCAGGUUUCUGGGGUUCUGAGGGCCGGCAAGACUAGAUUUGAUGCAUUUAGAUCUAUCUUUCCUGCUGGAACCGUGUCCGGAGCGCCAAAAGUCAAGGCUAUGGAGCUAAUUGCCGAAUUAGAAAAGGAAAAGCGAGGAGUCUAUGCUGGAGCCGUUGGCUACUUUGGAUACGGUAGUGUUGACAGCGAUGGAAAUGAGACUGAGGGGGAAAUGGAUACAUGUAUUGCUCUACGAACAAUGGUAGCAAAAGAUGGCGUUGCAUAUCUGCAAGCUGGAGGAGGAAUCGUGUUCGACUCCGAUCCUUACGACGAGUACGUAGAGACGAUCAACAAGCUCUUGGCAAGUUCAACGACCAUCAAGCUGGCAGAGGCCGAUUACCUUAAGCAACAAAUGAAAGAGAAGGCCAAUGGCUCAGUCAAGCUAGAAGAUGUGCCGGACAGGAAAUCACAUAUUGACCUGGCUGCUGGAUAG